UAGACCGCUCCUCUUGUUCUUACAUCCGACAGCACUAGUUUUGCUGUGUAUUUUCAGUCAAGUACUAGGCAGUUGUUUUCUUUCAGAUUUGCAGAAUGUACAAAUAACACUACGAAUAUUACAUCGGCCAGAACCAAGCAAACUACCCAACAUAUAUUUGAACAUUGGACGCGACUAUGCCGAACGAGUGCUCCCUUCAAUCACCAAUGAAGUACUCAAAGCCGUCGUUGCUCAGUUUGAUGCGCACGAAAUGAUCACGCAACGAGAAAGUGUCAGUCACAGAGUUUCACUUGAACUCUCCGAAAGAGCCAAACAGUUCGGCAUUUUAUUGGAUGACAUUGCCAUUACUCACUUAUCAUUUGGACGUGAAUUUACGGAAGCCGUAGAAAUGAAGCAAGUAGCACAGCAGGAAGCUGAGAAGGCUCGUUAUCUUGUCGAAACAGCCGAGCAAAUGAAAGUUGCAGCAAUAACGACUGCAGAAGGUGAUGCACAAGCAGCCAAACUUCUUGCACAAGCAUUCAGAGAAGCGGGCGAUGGCUUAAUAGAAUUGCGAAAAAUCGAAGCAGCUGAGGAGAUAGCGGAACGGAUGGGAAAAUCCAGAAAUGUGGUGUAUUUGCCGAACAAUCAAAAUACAUUAUUCAAC